AUGCAAGUACAAGUUUGUUCACCGAAAACAAUUUCGAGGGUCGCCAUCAUCCCGACCUACUACUUCGCACGCAAGUUGUUCGACCAAAUUCCCCAACCACCUUUUCGCUCUCUCAGUACUUUUUAUGCUAAGCAGAAUCCACCUGAUGAUGCCUUCUCACUUCUCCGAUGGACGUUGGCCUCUGGGACAAGGCCUACAAGCUUCACCUUUGUUCCAGUUCUCUCAUCUGCAUUACUUGAUCUACGUCAUGGGAUCCAGCUGCAUUCAUUGAUCUUGAAGACUGGUUUACUCUAUGCUGAGCCCUUUUCAAGCACCGCAUUGCUUAAUUUUUUGGCGAGGAAUGGGCAUUUUGAUGAUGCACUCAAGUUAUUUGAUGAAAUUCCUUACAAAACUGUGGUCACAUGGAACUCACUCAUUUCCAGGUUUUCACAGCAUGGUUUUGCUAAAAAUGCAAUUUUUAUGUUCCGUGAUCUUCUCAGAAGUGAUAUUAGACCAUCAGAAUGUUCUUUUAUUGGUAUCCUGUCUGCUUUUAGUUCUUCAGAAAAUUUGGAAAAUUGUAGCCUAUGCUGCUUCAAACUGGAGUUUCAAAUGCAUGGCCUCAUGAUCAAGACGUCUAUGGAUUCUUAUAUUGUGGUUUUGAAUGCGUUGAUGAAUGUUUAUUCGAACUGGUCCAGUGUUUGUGUGGUGGAGAGGUUGUUUAACAAGUCAACUGUGGUGCGCCUGAGAAGGCGUUAG